GCUGAGUUGAAGCGCAGCAACCCGGAGAGCGCAGCAGCGACUUCGCCGCUGCAACUUUGAUGACAGGGUUUUUUGGAGCCGUCGAUGAGCGCGUUUGAAGUGCCUUGCUGGUGAAGACAAGGGAGUCGAUUCUCGACCUGCGGUUCCCCCUCUACCAGUCGAACCAAAAUGAAAUUCCCGAUUUAUGUAAUAGCAGUGGCCUUGGCGGUGACUUCUACGCACGGAGGUAACAAGUUUGACGAGCCGUGUGCGGGCCUGGACUGCAGCCAAGGGUGCAGGUGCAACCCAGAGAAAGGCAGCAGGGGUCGUCCGGGGCCUCUUGGUGAACUUGGUCAAGGUGGAGCAGAAGGGCCACGUGGGGGCGUGGGGCCUACAGGGCCCAAAGGAGAGAAAGGCCACAUUGGACUGAAAGGACCGUCUGGCCCCAAAGGAGACAAGGGACCUAUGGGAGUACCAGGGUUCCAAGGAAGUGAUGGAGUACCUGGUCACCCUGGUCUGGAGGGCAGCAGAGGACCACCAGGGCUGGAUGGUUGUAACGGGACCAGAGGAGAACCCGGAGACCCCGGCUUCGGGACAGGAGGCCCUGGACUCCCUGGACUCUCUGGGCCUAUCGGGCCAAAGGGUCAGAAAGGAGAACCUCGUUACAUCUCCGAUGGCAUCACGAGUCUGCCAGGUUUACCAGGACAGAACGGUCAACCUGGUAUCAGAGGUCCUGAUGGUCCACCUGGUGGUGCUGGUCCAAGAGGCCCUGAAGGAUUCCCUGGCCCGCCUGGUCCUCCCGGUCCCCCCGGGCCAAUGGGGAGCCGUAGCGACGGAUAUCAAGGCGAGAGAGGAGACAAGGGCGACGUGGGUCUUCCCGGACCCAGUGGUACUCCCGGCGACGGGUCACUAAGAAGCGAACAAACUCUCACUAUCUACAAAGGAGAUAAGGGUGAACCUGGCCCAAAGGGAUUCAGAGGAAUUCCCGGAAGUCCUGGCCGACCUGGACCUUUCGGCUAUCCUGGUGAAUAUGGAGAGAAAGGCAUUCCCGGAUACCCCGGAGCAAGAGGUCCUCCUGGUUUCAACGGCCCUCCUGGAUCUCCAGGACAACAGGGAUACAGAGGCAACCCUGGUUUCGCCGGGCAGCAAGGAUACAUCGGACCCAAGGGAGACCAGGGAGACCCCGGACCACCAGGACCUCCAGCUUACAUUAGUGAUCUGGGCACUUCUGUUCAAGGACCACCAGGUGACGCAGGUUUCAGUGGCCUACCUGGUGCCCCUGGUGACCAGGGACCUCCAGGAUUACCAGGAGCACCAGGCCAACCAGGGAUUGGAGGUAUUGGUUCAGGUCGUGGCGGAUCCCCAGGUUUUCCAGGGACCACAGGCCCAAAGGGAGAGAAAGGUAGCCAGGGCAUACCAGGCUACGGCUCCGAAGGAAUCCCCGGCUCCCCUGGACUUCCCGGACCCCCCGGCCCUCCCGGACCUCAGGGUCCUUCUAGCUUGGUCCAAGGUCCCUGCGUCAUCCAUCCUGAGUGGUCCAUCAGGCCCAAAGGUUCCCCCUUAGGUAUACCCUCUGCUGGACAGCCUGGGUCACCUGGACCCAGAGGAACGCCGGGUAACAGAGGAUACAAAGGCUUCAGAGGUGAUCCUGGCGACUGUGCCUGCCUGGGAGGAGGCUCCCCAGGGUCCCAGGGGUUACCUGGAUCCCCAGGAAGCCCUGGCAGCCCCGGCUUCACUGGACGAAAGGGUGAGGCCGGCGACCACGGUUCACCUGGCUUUAAUGGCGUCCCGGGAUCUCCUGGCCGUGUUGGUGACAGGGGCUUCUUUGGUCGUAAGGGAGAGAAGGGGGCGUCUUACUAUCCCAACCUGGGUUUGGGGGUGAAAGGAGAGCUCGGAUCCACGGGACCCAGAGGGCCUACAGGUGAAACUGGAAAACCUGGCAGAGAUGGACUGCCCGGCUUCCCCGGAGCCCCUGGACCCCCAGGCGACGCUGGCUUCGGCACGUUUGGAGAGAAAGGUUUCCCAGGGUUCCCAGGGGCCAAGGGUCGUCCUGGAGGCGCUGGCGAGCCCGGCAUCGGCUACGUCGGAACGCCCGGCUUUCGCGGAGAGCCCGGAGACCCUGGUAUAUCUGGGUUGCCUGGGCAACCAGGUUUACCCGGACCGAGAGGUGAAAACAGCUGUGGAGGGGUUAAUGACGCCGGAGAGGGAACGGGCCAAGUGCUGCCUUGCACCAUACCUGGUGAGGAUGGAGACCCCGGUUUCCCCGGUGUACCUGGACGACCAGGUUCUAAAGGUCAGCCAGGUUUCCCAGGAGGACCUGGGCGUCCAGGGUUUGAUGGUGCCAAAGGAGAGAGGGGAGACCCCGGUUUCGGAGGCCAGCCUGGACCACAAGGUUUCCCUGGACCCAGAGGGGACCCUGGAAUUCCAGGUGUUCCAGGACAGGGUUUUGAUGGAGGCAGGGGGAAAGAUGGUAAUCCAGGGCGUCCUGGAGCCAAGGGCCAGCCUGGAGAGGUGCUGGGAGCCACACCUGGAGCUCCAGGACGGGACGGUUUACCAGGAAUCUCUGGAGACAAGGGCCAGCCCGGCACAUCGGCAGGACCUGGUUUACCUGGUGGGAAUGGACGCAACGGUAUUCCUGGACUGAAGGGAGAGCGCGGAGUCGACGGUCUUCCUGGCAUUCCUGGCGCUCCCGGCGCUCCGGGGGAGCCCACUGGUGGCAUUACUGGUCGUCCUGGAUCUCCGGGCAACCAGGGACUGAGUGGACCACCAGGUUUCCCUGGUCGCAAGGGAGAAAGAGGAGACCCAGGUUUCCCAGGGCCCGCUGGAAUGAAAGGAACUCCAGGACUGCCCGGCACUCCUGGAUCACCAGGGCCAAGGGGACCUCCUGGACCUCCAGGACCAGGAACUAGAGAGGGAAUCCCAGGAGUGCCAGGAAGGAAGGGUGAGACCGGUUUCCAAGGACUGAUGGGUUUCCCUGGACUACCAGGUCGUCCUGGAACCCCAGGCUUUUCCGGAGGUAAAGGAGCGGCAGGAGGGCCAGGAAGAGACGGACUCCCCGGUGGUCCUGGAUACCCCGGGCAGAAAGGUGAAAGAGGAUUACCUGGCCGCCCCGGCCUAGCCUCUCCUGUUUUUCCGUCAGAGUAUGUGGAGAAAGGAGAACCUGGAACCCCCGGAAGCAGUGGACUUCCUGGCUUCCCCGGACCCAGAGGUGAUAAGGGUCUGCCAGGUCUGCCCGGACGUCAGGGUCUGCCUGGACUUCCCGGCUUCGCUGAGCAGAGUAAAGGACAGCCGGGACAGCCUGGGUUUCCCGGGCGCUCCGGAUCGCCAGGCUACCCCGGACCGAAGGGAGAAGCCGGAAUCAUGGGAUUCCCCGGAACAUCUGGAACUAGGGGUGAUGAUGGUGCACCUGGUUUACCUGGAAACCCUGGAGAAUUUGGUCGGCCUGGUGGCAAAGGUCAACCCGGAGACACAUUUGGUUACCCUGGAGCUCCAGGAGCUAAAGGCCAGUCAGGAGACUCAGGCUACCCAGGCGGCCGUGGCAAUGACGGCACUCCGGGUGACAACGGCUUUCCAGGAGGCCCAGGCUUCCCCGGGACAAAAGGAAGUCCUGGUGAAGGAGGACGGCCUGGAAUAAUGGGCUCCCCCGGUUUCCCCGGGCCAAAGGGCCAGCCCGGCUUCCCGGGAAGAAGAGGACCAGACGGGUCUUCCGGUCUGCCUGGACGUGAUGGAGGUCCUGGAGCCAAAGGUUUGCCUGGAUCACCUGGUUUGGAUGGACUUAAUGGCCUUGGUGGACCUAAAGGUCUCACUGGAACCCCAGGUGUGAGCGCUGGAGGUCGCCCAGGUGCUCCUGGUGUUCCAGGGUUGAAGGGAGAGAGAGGCAUCUCCUACCCCGGAGGCCCAGGCUUCCCCGGACCGAAGGGAGAGAGAGGACAGUCGGGUGGUCCUGGAUUCCCAGGGUUCCCUGGUCGGCCCGGACCUCCUGGUGAGACUGUGGGCUCAGAUAUUCCUGGACCUUUGGGGGACCCCGGCCUCCCUGGACUGGAUGGAGAGUAUGGUUUCCAGGGUCCUCCAGGUCCUCCUGGGCCACCUGGUCCAGGCACAGCCCAGGGAGACAGAGGGGACUCCGGACUCCCAGGCUUCCCCGGCUCGCCCGGCAGGAAAGGAGAGACAGGCGGCUCCGGAGGCUCUGGACUUCCUGGCAGUCCCGGAUUCAAAGGAGAACGAGGUGAGACCGGCUUCAGUGGAGGUCCAGGCCUCAAGGGUUUCCCCGGUGACUCUGGUUACUAUGGAAACAAAGGAGCCAAGGGAUUUCGAGGGCGUCCUGGCCGUAAGGGAAUCCCUGGCGUCACGCUGCCGUUGCCACCGCGAGAGUUCCAGCGACCCUUCGGAGAAAUGGGCUUUCCCGGUGAAAACGGAGGCUCCGGCACCCCCGGAGAGCCCGGUCAGCCUGGAAUGCCCGGACGUCCAGGUCCUAAGGGUCGUCCCGGUUCUGUGGGUAAACUUGGCAGGACUGGAUCACCUGGUCUGCCCGGAUCUAUCGGUGACCCCGGACCCCCUGGUUUCCCUGGACCAACUGGAGAACAAGGUCUCCCCGGUAACGCCGGUCGUCCCGGCGCUCCCGGCAGCGUCGGCCGCAGCUACAGCAUCGGCUACACUCUGGUGAAGCACAGCCAGGACUCCCAGGUCCCCAUGUGUCCUCAGGGCAUGGCCAAGCUGUGGGACGGAUACAGUCUGCUGUACGUGGAGGGACAGGAGAAGGCCCACAACCAGGACCUCGGUCAGCCAGGGUCAUGCCUCCCCAGGUUCAGCACCAUCCCCUUCCUCUACUGCUCCCCCAACGAGGUCUGCUACUACGCCAGCCGCAACGACAAAUCCUACUGGCUCUCCACCUCAGCAUCCAUACCCAUGAUGCCCGUGGCCGAGGGGCAGAUACAGCCUUACAUCAGCAGGUGUUCUGUGUGUGAGGCUCCGUCUCAGGCCGUGGCGGUCCACAGUCAGGACUUGACCAUCCCCACCUGUCCCCCCGGCUGGAGGAGUCUCUGGAUAGGAUACUCCUUCCUCAUGCACACGGCAGCCGGCGCUGAGGGCGGCGGUCAGUCCCUGGUCUCUCCCGGCUCCUGCCUGGAGGAUUUCCGCGCGACGCCGUUCAUCGAGUGCAACGGAGCCAAGGGCACCUGCCACUACUUCGCCAACAAGUACAGCUUCUGGCUCACCACCGUGGAUCCCAGCCAGGAGUUCGUCUACUCGCCGGCGCAGGAGACCCUGAAGGGAGGCCAGGAGCGCUCCAAAGUGAGCCGCUGCCAAGUCUGCAGCAAGAUCUUGUAGUAGGAGUAGGAGAGUGGAGGGAGGGAAACAUCAGGUAACACCUCAAAGGAAAAAAAACAGGUGUUGAUGAUGGAGGAUGAGAUGAUUUAUCGAGAAAUCUUUAAAAACAAGAACAUGUGACUGACUGAAAACGAGCCCCUCUCCUGCUUCACCGGUGGUUUCAGAAUCGAGUCGAACAACUUCGGCCCCAUUUUUAGAGUUUUUGACCUGCUUUAGGAAUGAAUGGCUUGUUAAAAAAUAAAUAAAUAGAAGAAGAGUAGGAGGGAGGAAAUGGAAAGAGGAGGGCUCCGCUGUGGUUGCUCUUCUCCAGGUUAUCACUGACAAUGGUGCUAUUGUUUAUGUCCUUUGUGUCUAUUUUGUGUCUGUUUUCUCGUUACGGUUUUGGCGAGAAUCAUUCUCGGCUACCUCGGAGAGUGCCACCCCCUUUGGAUAGCACUGCCCCGCUUACACGUGUCGCUUCAGAUGGGUCCGUUCAUGCAGGAGAGUCGAGCAUGUUUAAACCUUUUCCCAACUGAUCUGACUGAAGUGGACAAUUCCGGUUCAAACACACGUUUUUAGCGACGCAGCCGUCGCAAAACUUUUAUUUCCUGCUGGCUGCAACCUGCUUUAUGUCCCACCUUAUGUUACCCCUGUCGCCCUCUGGUGGUUCUGCAUGCUUUGCAGGAGUGACUCCGUUGGUUAUCAUUCAUUUCGUUACAUAUUGAGAUCAGAUUGCCGAGAUUUGACGCUUGCUAGUGAACAAUUAGUGCACAUUUUUGUCUUCUUGAAAGUUGCAUUAAUAUUAAUGUCUUUUUAAAGGAAAUGCAUCUGAAAGUAAAAAUCAGACACAAUUAAGAGAAAAUGAUAAAGAUAUAAGUACUUUUAUGCUGCAUAAAAUGUAAAGACUGAGGAAAGAAAAACAACUUUUCCAGUCAGAACUUUAUAUUUUAAAUCACUCUCCUGUUUAUGACUUCUAUGUUUGCGCAUCUUUUUCAUGUGGAUUCUAUUUUCUAACACCAUAGCAAAUAACAUUUUCAGAUGUCAGCUAUGAAAUCGCACAUAUUUCUGCCUCUGAAACAGUGAGAGAAAACAUACCCGACAAAAAAGGGCAACUAAAGUUUCACUUUAAUAGAUUUAUUAUUGCAAGCAAGUUGCAACUCUCGACAAGCUGAUUUUCAUAUCUUACUUUUUAAACCAAACCACCACCCUGGAAACAGUUGUUUGAGAAAACAACAGCUUUUAUGAUGACGCUGUAAUGUAAUCUACUCAUAAUUUGCAUGACCGUGCAAAAACGUGCAAAUUGACCAGUGCAGCCUUUCAACUUUACAUUUUUCAUGUUUCAUGUGCCUGUGAUCUCUGCACACUUCACAGUCUGACUCUAUGGUGCUACAAUACCCUGACAGUUGACUUGAAAGGCAACAUUUCAAACACAUUCUUAUUAAACUGCACGCAAUAAAACAGCUAACCAGCACUUUCCCUCUAAAAGCAGAACGUGUGCAGCAGUUAGCAGUAGUAAUGAAUGAUGUGAAUGAGGCCACCCAUUCAUAGAUAUUGCACUGAUGUGAACUCAUGUGGGCUAGAAUAAUAAACAAGGCAAAUCAAGGGGCUGACUUCCUCUCCAUCUCCACCUUCACAGGCUUUCAUCUUUAUGUUGUGACCAAAACAGUGUUUUUUUGUUUUGUUUUGUUUUUUAACCACAGUUAACCCUUCAUUCAUGCUAAAUUUGCAACAGGAAACCAAACACACACACUCUCUGAUAGAUUGUUAAUUAUUGCUGUAUAUAGUGCUUUCUGUAUUUCCCAGCAAAGUAUAUUAGAGCAAAAGUCUAUAAAACUGUUGGCUCUUUAUUUUUUAUUUUUUUUUAUUCCAAUCAAUGUGUCUUCUCUCUGUCCUUGGAUAAGAAGGAGGAAGAAGUUGUCCAUGUUCUGUCUGUAAAUGUAGAUUCUGCAGCCAUAUUGCAGUUGCAGUUGCAAAGACAUAUCAGAACAGAAUUUACCUUUUUUUAUUUUUUACAUUGAAUUUGGUUUGCAAUGUAAAUUAAAAGUCUCAAAUGACUUGCUGUAGUAUGCAAAGAAAAGUAAGAGCAGAAUUGAUCAUUUUUUACAUUGAGUUUGGUGUGGAAUGUAGAUUAAGCCUGACUCUGUUGAUUCUCCUCUUUCGCAUUAUCCUUGGACAGUGGAAGCUACUGAGUGACUUGUAACCACUAUGACCACUGCGUCGAGCACAUCGCUCUGACUCUCGGCUGGUAGCCCUGAUUUUUUUUUGUCACAUUUUGCUUCUUUUGUUUUAUUUUUCUCUCUUUUUGUCAGCUGUUUUGUAAUCUAGAUUGUAAUUAUUUUACUUAAGUCAUGAUACUAUCCCCUGGUUUUAUUUACUGAGAUGGGAGGGAAUGGGAAGGUAAUGAUGUGUACAUUAAAUAUUAUGAAAAAAAAAUGCCUUUAGGAUUAUGUUUUUAUAUGGAAAUAUAUUCACUGCUGAUUAUUUAACAGACACAACAGCUGUUUUGUUGUCUGUUUGGUCUUCACCCCUUGUUCCAAACCAAGAAUGUUUUAUGCAGCAACAUACUGAAAGUGGCUGGAGUGACGGAAAAGAAAUGCAGUUCUCCUCAAAGAGGAUCCAUAACACGAAAUGGUAAUAACAUGUCUGUUACUGUAAUGUGUAUUUCUGUGCUCACACACUUUGAAAUAAAGUCUUUA